AAGGUGUCAACUUUCCAGCCACGACCACUGACAGACUUGUGGUAUACAGAGACCACACAACUGGCAUCCUCAUGUGUGGCGGGAGGAUACAGGCCUUCAAAGAAGACCAUAAAGCUGUUCCUCUGCUACCGUACCAAGCCUGGGUCUCCACUCUUCUAGCCCGCGAAGCACACAGUGAGGGGCAUGAUGGAGUGGCAGGAACUCUGCUACGAAUGAGGAAGAGAGCCUGGGUGAUUAGAGGAAGACUUCUGGCCCAAAAAGCUGUCGAUGACUGCAUGGUCUGCAGGAAAGAAAGAGCGAAGACCUGUCAACAAAUCAUGGGUGACUUACCUGAAGAACGUGUGAAUCCAGCUCCUCCUUUCCAAUUCACAUCCAUCGACCUGUUCGGCCCGUAUCAAGUAAAGGAUGAUGUCAAAAGAAGAGCGAACAUGAAGGUCUGGGGAGUUCUUUUUUGCUGCAUGUCCAGCAGAGCAGUCCACCUAGAACUCUCAAACACACUGUCAACAGAGAGCUUCCUGUUUGCAUAUCAAAGAUUCACCUCCAUCCGUGGCCAUCCACAGAAAAUCUGGUCCGAUCCUGGGACGAACUUUGUAGGGGCGAAACCGGUCCUACAAGACAUGUAUGCUUACCUGAACCAACAUAAUCCAGAAGCCUUGGAGGAGUAUGCUGCCAAGAGCGGAACCUGCUGGAUGUGGAAAAUCCUGCCAGCUGAUUCACCCCACCGAAAUGGCGCUGCUGAAGCUGCAGUCAAGGUCGUCAAAAGAGCUCUACAAAGUCUUGGCGGAGGAAGUGGCCUUACCUUCAGUGAGUUCCUGACUGUGCUGAAGUUGGCUGCCAACCUUGCCAACGAAAGGCCCAUUGACGCCAGAGUACAGAGUGGUGAGGACAGCAUCAGCUACAUCACCCCAAACUCACUGCUGCUUGGCCGAGCCACACAGACGGGAGACUUCAAAGCAGUCGAUUACACCACCUACCCCUUCAAAAGGCUUCAAGAGAUGCAGUCUCAGGUCAGCCACUUCUGGAGAUCGUGGAGUCAGCUUGCCGGCCCAAACUUGUUCAUCCGCAGUAAGUGGCAUACUGCAAAAAGAAAUGUUGCUGUCGGAGAUGUGGUUUGGCUCUGCGACCAGAAUGCACUACGGGGGCAGUACAAGCUGGCAAGAGUAACCAACGUGAAUGCAGACCCCAAGGGCAUUGUCCGGGACGCUUAUGUGAAAGUCCCAGCAAGUGGAUGUGCCCAAGACAAAGCAAGACCCAAGGCAAGGCAAACCAAGAAGUCCUGGGACGCGCAGGGCACCACACUACACCGGGAUGUGCGACGCCUUGUUGUCCUCCUCCCAGUGGAAGAACAGGUCACAACUCAGCUCGCCUGAUGAGGGCGAUCUUUCCGUGAUGUCUCACAGCAAGACCGAGUGGGAGGUGUUGCGUCAGGCGGAGCCUGGGCACGGGCCCGCUUGAUUGACAGCCGUCUGCACCGCUCCUAACUGCGCUGAGUAGCGUGGUGCCAUGCUGCAGGCUCCAGGUGUAGGUUUUUCACCUGUACCUGUACCUGUACCUGUACCUGUACCUGUACCUGUAAAUCCAAUCUGCACUGCAAACCCUGUUGAAACCCUGAUCCAUUGAAACUCACUUCAAAGAACAAUCCACCGAAAAUCAAUAAAACAAAACCAACGAGUGGAAUCUUGUGUCCGAUUCAGUCCUUCCUAUUUCAAGUGUGGGAAACCCAAUGCUGGGAACUUGACAGUGUCAUAAUAAAUAUAGCCCAGGCAAUGUCACCUGCCAUGACCAUAGCGGAAUGUCACUGAAUGCCAUCAGGCAUAAAACGUUUAUGACAUUGACGUUAUGAUUAUAACACGUCCAUGACUACAUCACAAUACAGUUAUGACGCUGUCA